CUCCAAAACAAUAAAUCACCAUGCCCGGCCCUCUGUCCCUCUUCUCCGUCAAUGCGGUUCUCGUCAUGUCCGCUGACGACGGCUCCCGCAUUUUCACCAAGUACUACUCAGCCCCCAUCCCCCCGCCGGUGCUGUCCCCAACUCGACCGACUACCCCGGCGCCAACCCAUACCCCACUGUCAAGGAGCAGCGCGCCUUUGAAAAGGGCCUCCUCGAAAAAGACCAACAAGUCCUCAAGCGAUGUGAUCCUGUACGACAACCGCAUCGUGGUCUUCAAGAUGGAGAGCGACGUCAUGCUCUACGUUGUUGGCAGCGCCGACGAGAACGAGGUCCUGCUGUACAACGUCGUCCUCUCACUACGGGAUGCUCUGGGAAUUCUAUUCAAGGGCGCAACCGACAAGCGCACUAUCGUCGAGAACUACGACCUAGUCUCCCUGACCAUUGACGAAAUCAUCGAUGACGGCAUUAUCCUCGAAACAGACCCCGUCAUGAUCGCCUCGCGGGUUAGCCGUGCUCCAGCCGCAGAUGCGCCUAAUAUGAAGAACAUCGACCUCUCCGAACAGGGUCUCAUGAACGCCUGGGAGUUCGGUAAGCGCCGCCUUGCAGAGGGUCUGCGCCAGAUGUAACGGGGACACGAAUAUUUGUCUUGCGUUCUAAGGUUGGGGCAUUGAUGUGAUGUGUUUUUGGCCCUGUUGAAGCAUUUCUUAAGUAUUGUUUUACCCACCCGCUUUUCUUCCUGGCUGGUCCUGGCGUCAUACGGCUAUUCUAUUUUAUUCUAUCUUUUUUCCCUUGCUCAACUUGGUUAUUUGUCCUGGGAUCUGAAGUCAUAGACCUGUUUCUGUUGAUUUCGUUUGCAUUUUACAAAAUGACCUUGGCUGCUGAUUGUUCUUUGUCCUUUGAUAUUGAUAUUGACAAUGCUGAGCCGGGAAGCUGCAUAAUUCAUGAUUCCAUGUCCUGAGUCUAAUGAGUGCAAUGAGCAAAAGCAAUAGCCUCGAAUCCUUGAUAAGGGG